UAAACAGUAUAGAAAGAAAUAAGAAUACAGGCAUCAACAAAUUAUUUCAGGAAUGGGGCAAGAAGUUACACCCCAGAUGAAAGCUAGAAGCAGUGAACUGGAAUAUGAAGGAGUCAAACUGAGAAGAACAGUUGGAUACUUUAGUGGAAUAAAUUUUCUUGUGGGUGUUAUCGUAGGUUCUGGCAUAUUUGUUUCUCCUGGUGGAGUGCUAAAAUAUUCCAAUUUUAGCGUUGGGAUAGCACUUGUCAUAUGGACCAUAUGUGGGCUUUUAUCCAUGAUUGGAGCCCUUUGCUAUGCAGAACUAGGAUGCAGUUUACCAGUCUCUGGAGGAGAAUAUCAGUACAUCAAAAGAGCACUGGGCCCAGUCUGUGCUUUUAUUUUUCUGUGGACGUAUGUCAUCUUCAUUAACCCUGCUUCAAUUGCUGCUAAAGCUUUGACCUUUGCAGAAUAUGCUAUACAGCCUUUCUAUCCUGGAUGUCCAAUACCAGAACUGGCAAAGAAAGGUGCGGCCAUAGCUGUUGUCCUUGCUCUUGGAGUUAUAAAUUCGCUGAGUGCAAAGUGGGCUACCUGGGUACAAAAUGUAUUCACUGUAUUGAAAGUGCUUGCCCUAGCUGUCAUUUCUAUUGGUGGUAUAGUUUUCUUAGCAAUGGGAAGAACAGAAAAUAUGAUGAAUGCAUUUAGUGGAGAAUCUCCUACUGUGUCCCAGGUAGGACAAGCUUUUUAUCAAGGAGUCUUUGCAUUUGGAGGUUGGAAUGCCCUAAAUUUUAUCACAGAAAAAACAGAACUGUCUCAGAGUGUUCCACAACACUUAGAUGUCCUUUUCUGGCUCCAUCAGGAGUCACUCAUUGCCGAAGUUUCUGAGCCUGUGUUUUUAAGUAAUAUGAAGGACAUUAAAGCUCGUGUUCUUAAAGUGGAAGGGGAGGUGAUUGAACGCAAGAAGAAAAAGCUGCUAAGGGACAUUAAUGAUUACAAAAGAAUGAAAUUUUUUCUUGGCAGCACAAACCUAGAAAGGGGCAUGAUCAUCAAGUGUUAG